AUGUCCUCUAAUAAGAAACUUGAUCUAGUAAGGAAAUAUGCAAUUGAUGAUCCUACUAAAACUAGUGCUUGGAAGUGUAGCUUUUGUGCUAAAAUCACAAAUGGUGGAGUUCAACGUGCAAAACAACAUUUGGUUGGCGGUUUUAGGAAUGUUACUGAAUUUUCUAAAGUUCCAGAUCACGUGAAGCAAGAAAUAAAAGGGUUCAUGCUUCAAAAGGCAGAAAUUAAAGCCACUACCUAG